AUGUCUCAGGAUUUCGAUGCUGGCGUUUUGCCAUUUGCAUUUUUCAGGCAAUGUGAGCUUGAUUACAACAAAUUAGUUCAUAAGCCCGCUAAAUCUGAAGAAGAUAUCGCUACAUUAACAAAUUUGAUUUCACGACUCGAAAAAGUUUGGGAUCAUUUUCGUGUUGGCAAGUUCUACUCUCGCAAUGAAGAACUUGAUGAGUAUUCCAACAGUACAUUGAGGUUUUUCAUGAUUCCUUUCUAUAUUGGUCGACUUCAUCUCAAUUUUCAAGGUACAGAGCGUCCUGCUCAUCUUGAAGCUGCUGCAGCAUAUCUCACAGCCUUCUCAGAUCAAAUGGUUCAAUUCAAAAUUGCACAAAAAGAGCUUCCUCCUCCAUCAAAUCCAACAGAAAGAAGAAAUCGUGCGGUGAGUGAAUACAACGAGCGUAGAGAGCUUGAGCAACGCAUUGCACGUAUGUCAGAGCUUACAAAACCAGGAGAAGAACGUGGCCAACUUGGAGAUCAAGUUGAUGAGCACGCAGAACGCGAAGCAAUCAUGGAUUUACUCAAAUUAUCUGUUAUUGAGGCCAGAUCCAGUGCCCGUUCUGCAAAUGACGAGCUUCCAUUUGCCAAAAUGCAUGCAGCCGGAAUUAAACCAGAAGAACCAAAGGAACCACCGCGCAAACCAUGGUUCCAGCGCAUUGAUCGUGAACAGAUGAGAAAUAAGGUCUUUGCUCCACUAGAAGACGUAAUGCCAAGAGAAUUACCUCCUGAUGACGAAACAUUCGCUCAGCCAGGCGCUCCUCCGCCAGAUAUCAACUCCGAAAACGAAGAAGAAAGAGAAAAAGCGAGAAAGAAACGGGCGGAAUGGGAUGAUUGGAAAGAUGACCACCCGCCGUUCUCAGUUGAUAGCUCAUCAGACUGGUACACUAGUGCGAAGAAGAAAUGA